GGCGGGGCGGGGCGGUCUCCCCCCCUCCCCGCCCCUGCCGUCCCGCCGGUGAGCACGGUGCCUUGCCGGUCCCGGUGCCGUCGCCGCUAUGCGCAGCCGGAGCAACUCGGGCGUGCGGCUGGAUGGCUACGCGCGUCUGGUGCAGCAGACCAUCCUCCGGCACCAGGACGCGGUGACGGGCCUGCUCCCGGCCAGCGCUGACCACCAGGACGCCUGGGUCCGGGACAACGUCUACAGCAUCCUGGCCGUCUGGGGGCUGGGCCUGGCCUACCGCAAGAAUGCCGACCGCGACGAGGACAAGGCCAAGGCCUACGAGCUGGAGCAGAGCGUGGUGAAGCUAAUGCGGGGGCUGCUCCAGUGCAUGAUGAGACAGGUGGACAAGGUGGAGGCGUUCAAGUACAGCCAGAGCACCAGGGACUGCCUGCAUGCCAAGUACAACACCCACACCUGUGCCACAGUGGUGGGGGACCACGAAUGGGGUCACCUACAGAUGGAUGCCACUUCCCUCUACCUGCUCAUGCUGGCGCAAAUGACGGCCUCAGGCCUCCACAUAAUUCACAGCCUGGAUGAAGUCAACUUUAUCCAAAACCUUGUGUUCUACAUUGAAGCAGCCUACAAAACUGCGGACUUUGGAAUAUGGGAGCGUGGGGACAAGACGAACCAGGGCAUCACUGAGUUGAAUGCUAGCUCUGUUGGCAUGGCCAAGGCUGCCCUGGAGGCACUGGAUGAGCUGGAUCUCUUUGGAGCAAAGGGAGGCCCACAGUCGGUGAUCCAGGUGCUGUCAGAUGAAGUGCAGCACUGUCAGUCCAUCCUCCACUCGAUGCUGCCCAGGGCCUCCACGUCCAAGGAGGUGGAUGCCAGUGUGCUCUCUGUUAUCUCCUACCCAGCGUUUGCUGUGGAGGACAGCAAACUGGUAGAAAUCACCAAGCAAGAGAUCAUCACGAAGCUGCAGGGGCGCUACGGUUGCUGCCGCUUCCUCCGAGAUGGAUACAGGACCCCCAAAGAGGACCCCAACCGCCUCUACUAUGAACCUGCUGAGCUGAAGCUGUUUGAGAACAUCGAGUGUGAGUGGCCUCUCUUCUGGGCAUACUUGAUCAUUGAUGGGAUUUUCAGCGGAAACAUGGAGCAGGUGCAGGAGUACCGGGAAGCACUUGAGGAGGUUCUAAUCAAGGGGAAGAAUGGGGUGCGCCUGGUGCCAGAGCUGUACAGUGUCCCGCCGGAUAAGGUGGAUGAGGAGUACAGGAACCCCCACACUGUGGACAGGAUACCCAUGGGCAAGCUGCCGCUUAUGUGGGGGCAGUCCCUCUACAUCCUGGGCUGCCUGAUGGCUGAGGGAUUUAUAGCUCCUGGUGAAAUAGAUCCCCUCAACCGCCGAUUUGCGACUGUUCCCAAGCCUGAUGUGGUGGUCCAAGUGUGCAUCCUGGCAGAGACAGAGGGGAUCAAGGCUGUCCUGAGGAAGGAGGACAUCGAUGUGGAGACUGUGGCAGAUGUCUACCCCAUCAGAGUGCAGCCUGCUCGCAUCCUCAGCCACAUCUAUGCCCGGCUGGGCCGCAACAAGCAGAUGUGCCUGACAGGACGGCCCUACCGGCACAUGGGUGUCCUUGGGACCUCCAAGCUCUAUAACAUCAGGAAGAACAUCUUUACCUUUACUCCACAAUUCAUAGACCAGCAGCAGUUCUACCUGGCUCUCGACAAUAAGAUGAUUGUGGAAAUGCUGAGGACAGACCUCUCGUACCUCUGCAGUCGCUGGAGGAUGACCGGGCGGCCGACCAUCACCUUCCCCAUCUCACACACCAUGCUCGAUGAAACUGGCAGCAGUGUGCACCCCACUGUGCUGGCAACGCUGCGGAAGCUGCAGGAUGGGUAUUUUGGUGGUGCAAGGAUCCAGACGGGUAAGUUGUCGGAGUUCCUGACAACAUCAUGCCGAACUCACCUCAGCUUUAUGGACCCUGGACCAGAGGGUAAGGUCUUUGCCAAGAGUUAUGAGCUCAGCUUUGAGGAGCUAGACGCCGAGGAGUGGCUGCAUGGCUUGCAGACAGCAGAGGAUGCAGACACAUAUGAUGAAGUUGCUCAGUAUUUGGACCACCUGCUGCAGCGCACGGUUCCCCAGUCGAACCUCCCUCCUACUGCCCAGCGGGGAGGGCUGAGCCGUUUCCGGGCUGCUGUCCACACCACCCGUGAUCUCAUGUCCCUGGCGUCCAAGGCCAAGGACCUUCAUGUCCAGGAUGUUGGGAUGUAUGUCCCCAGCAAGAUCUUCCAGGUGUCCCAGCAGUCAGUUAAGCUGCUGAGUUCACCUCACCAGCAUGACGUGGAUGGCAAGAGCCACGUACUCUAUGCAGAGAUGAACCUGCCCCGUGAUGAGGGUGGCAAUGUGGACUGCAAGGCACUGGUGGACCAGCUGCGCGUCUGCCCCACGCUGCAGGAGCAAGCGGACAUCCUCUACAUGCUCCACAUCCUCAAGGGGCCCGAGUGGCACACGGGGCUUGAUAGUGAGCCUGGCCCCACCGUCAAGGAACUCCUCACGGAGCUGUACGUGCGGGUGGGGGACACGCGCCAGUGGGCCCUGAUCCGCUACAUCUCUGGCAUCCUCAAGAAGAAGGUGGAAGCUCUGGAUGAGGCCUGUACUGACCUUCUGUCUCAUCAGAAGCACUUGACAGUGGGGCUUCCCCCAGAGCCACGUGAGAAGACGAUUUCCGCCCCAAUCCCCUACGAGAAGCUCGUUCGCCUCAUUGAUGAAGCCAGCGAGAAGAACCUCAGUGUGUCCAUCCUCACCCAGGAGAUCAUGGUGUACUUGGCCAUGUACAUGCGCACACAGCCUGCACUCUUUGCUGAGAUGUUCCGCAUCCGCAUCGGGCUCAUCAUCCAGGUGAUGGCAACAGAACUGGCACACUCCCUGCACUGCUCGGCUGGAGAAGCCACUGAGAAUCUGAUGAAUCUCAGCCCAUCAGACAUGAAGAGCCUCCUCUACCACAUCCUCUCGGGCAAGGAGUUUGGAGUGGAAAAGAGUGUGCGAUCGGUCGACUCAUCACUCACCACCGCUAUCUGCAUUUGUGAGGUGGGGGCUGUCGGGGCCACCAAGCCUGAGCGUGCUGGCAUCGUCAGGCUAAAAAGUGAGAUCAAACAGCAACUGGAUAAACGUAGGCAGUCUCUGACUGGGAGUAAGCCCCUCAGUUUGCAGUCGCAGGACACCGAUCUGAAGUCCUCUCUGUCUGCUGGGCACUCGGAGCUGCUGGGCAAGGGCUCCUUUUCAAGCAUGCUGGAAGACCAGGGCAGUAAGGACAGUCGCCAGGGCCAGUGGCAGCGGAGGCGGCGGCUGGAUGGGGCCCUCAACCGUGUCCCUGUGGGCUUCUACCAGAAGGUCUGGAAGGUCCUGCAGAAGUGCCAUGGCCUUUCUGUGGAGGGCUUUGUUCUCCCCUCUUCAACAACCAGAGAGAUGACCCCAGGGGAGAUGAAGUUUGCUGUGCAUGUGGAGUCGGUCCUCAACCGUGUGCCCCAGCCAGAGUACAGGCAGCUGCUGGUGGAGGCUAUCUUAGUGCUCACCAUGCUGGUGGACAUGGAGGUACACACCAUCGGUGGCAUCAUAGCUGUGGAAAAGAUCUUGCACACGGCCAAUGACCUCUUCUAUGAGGAGCAGAAAGCCCUGGGUGCUGAUGACCACAUGCUGGAGAGGGAUCCCACGACGGGUAUCUGCAGCCUGCUGUAUGACAGUGCACCGAGUGGUCGGUUUGGCACCAUGACCUACUUGUCCAAGUCGGUGGCCAUGUAUGUGUAUGACUUCCUGCCGACCGACAGCUGUUCCAUGCAGUAGCUCUUGCAGGUCCUCUCCCCGGGUUGCAGACACUGUGGGAGAGCUGUUUCAGACAGCUUUUAAAGAUGGGCAUUAAGCUAGUUUUCAGGUAGCCUGCGUGGCCAUCUCUCUUCCCAGUCCUGUCCUCUUGAUGGGUGAGAGGCUCUCCCAAGGAGCUCCACAGGAGGCAUGUGUGCUGAGCUGACCUGUGCCUGCCUGCAGCCUGUGAAGCAAGGGCUGGCAGGGAAAGGCUGAGCUUUGAAGCCUGCUUGUAUUAGAAGUGUUUGCCUGCACACCUCCUCCUGGGCCGUCACCCCAGGAGGGGCCUGUGUUUGAGGGAGAUGGAAAGGGUCCCCCUCACCAGGCAUGUGCUCAGCACUGCAGCACUCCCUGAACAGCUCAUGCUCUCCCUGCCUCCAGUAGAUUAGAGGUUUCUAACCUAUUCUGUGCUGCUUUUCAUUCCAUAUCUGCAGGGUUUGUACUAGUGUGGGCUGGAGCUCUUGUUUUUCCUGCUGCUGAUAGAAGAGCUUUGUUAGAGGAAUAGAGAAUGCUGCCUGAGCCUCUCUCCUGGCACACCCAAAAUGGAAACAGUCCAACCCAGCCCCAGCUGUGCUGCUUGGAAGUAGGCAGCCCAUCAUGCCCCCCUCAGGGGUCCUGUGUGCAGAACUGGGGAGGCUGUGGGAGCCAGGAGCUCCCAGAGCUAGGAGCAGGUGGUAACAGGGAUCUGUUACCACCAGGCUGUGAGGACAGGGCUUCUGGCUGGCUGGGGGAUGUCAGUGGCAGCCACUCCAUGCUGUCUGCUCUGUCCCUGGCAGCAUUGCUCAUGGCUAAGUCACAGAUUCCCAAGUCAUAUGUGCCCCAUGAAGCAGCUCUGAGCUGGGCUGCUUGGCUCAGCAUUAGCUGUGCUAUCACAGAUAUGCUCUUAAUGCUCAGCUCUGGCCUCUGCCCCAGUUUCCACAGCCUUGCACAAGAGAGGGGUGAUGACUUCAGAGUGGGUCCCAGCUCUGCUCUAUCUGCAGGUCAAACCCCACAGAGGAUAGUGUGGUUGGACUGAUGGGGAACAGGCACACACACCACAAAGUUUUUUGGUGAGCAGGAUUAUAGAAUCAUAGAAUAUUUUGUGUUGGAAGGGACCUUUAAAGGUCAUCUAGUCCACUCCCCAGCCCCUGCAAUAAGGGGGACAUCUUCAACUAGAUCAGGUCGCUCAGAGCGCCAUCCAACCAGACCUUGAAUUUUUCUGUGGAUUUGGGACAUCUACCACAAUUCUGGGCAACCUGGUCCAGUGUUUUCACCACCUUCAUUGUAAAAAAUUCCUUCCUUAGACCUAGUCUGAAUCUACCCUCUUUUAGUUUAAAACCAUUACUUCUUGUCUCAUCACAACAGGCCCUGCUAAAAAGUUUGUCCCCAUCUUUCCCAUAAACCUCCUUUAAGAAGGGCUGCAAUAAGGUCUCCCUAGAGUCUUUUCUUCUUCGGGCUGAACAGCCCCAACUCUGUCAGCCUUUUCUCACAGGAGAAGUGUUCCAUCCCUCUGAUCAUUUCUGUGGCCCUCCUCUGGACCUGCCCUAACAAGUCCAUGUCUUUCCUGUGCUGGGGACCGCAGAGCUGGACAUAGUACUACAGGUGGGUUCUCACCAGUGUGGAGUAGAGGGGCAGAAUCACUUCCCUUUACCUGUUGUCUAUGCUUCUUUUGAUGCAGCCCAGGAUACGAUUGACUUUCUGGGUUGCAAGCACACACUGCCAGCUCACAUCCAGCUUUUCAUCCACCAGUAUCCCCAAGUCCUUCUCUGCAGGGCUGCUCUCAAUCCCUUCAUCCCCCAGCCUGUAUUGAUACUGGUGGUUGCCAGGUACAGGACCUUGCACUUGGCCUUGUUGGAGCUCGUCAGGUUCACAUGGCCCUGCUUCUUGAGCUUGUCCUGGUCCCUCUGGAUGGCAUCCCAUCCCUCAGGUGUGUCAACUGCACCGCUCGGCUAGGUGUCAUUCGCAAAUUUGCUGAGGGUGCACUCAAUCCUGCUGCUUAUAUAAUUGAUAAAGAUAUUAAACAGUACUGGUUCCAGUACGUACCCAUGAGGGACACCGUUUGUCACUGGUCUCCAUCUGGACAUUAAGCUGCUGACCACUACCCUCUGGAUGCAGCCAUUUAGCUAAUUCCUCAUCCACCCAACAGUCCAUCCAUCAAAUCCAUCUCUCUGCAGUUUAGAGAGAAGGGUGCUGUGAGAGACUAUGUCAAAGGCCUUACAGAAGUCCAGAUAGAUGACAGCUAUAGCUCUUCCCUUGUCCACUGAUAUAGUCACUCCAUUGUAGAAGGCCACAAGGCAAGACUUGCCUUUAGUGAAGACAUGCUGGCUGUCUCAAAUUGUCUCCCAGUACUCCUUGUGCCUUAACAUAGCUUCUGGGAGGAUCUGUUCCAUGAUUUUCCCAGGCACAGAGGUGACAGAUUGGUAGUUCCCAGGGUCCUCCAUCCUACCCUUUUUAAAAAUGAGUGCAAUGUUUCCCUUUUUCCAGUCAUCAGGGACUUCACCUGACUGUCAUGACUUUUAUAAUAUCAUGAAGAGUGGCGUGGCAACCACAUCAGCCGAUUCCAUCACAACUCUGGGAUGCAUCUUGUCAAGUCCCACAGACUUACGUAUGUUCACGUUCCUCAGGCAGUCACAAACCUGAUCUUUUACAGUGGGAUGGACUUUGUUCCCCCAGUCCCCAUCUUGAGUCCAUCCACUCACAAGGUGAGGGAAGAGAGGUUGCCAGUGAAGACGGAGGCAAAAAAGUUGAGUAGCUCAGCCUGCCAGUUUUGUUUAUCAGGGAGUAUGCCUCUUUGACCUCCCUUUUCUGACUGACAUACCUGUAGAAGCCCUUGUUAUUUGUGUCCCUUGCCAAGUUCAGCUCCAGCUGCGCCUCGGCCUUCCUGACCCCAUCCCUACACAACUGGGCAGCAUCCCUAUACUGUUCCCAGGAUACCUGUCCCUGCUUCCCCUGCCUGUGAAUUUCCUUCUUGCCCUUUAGUUUGACCAGCAGGUCUCAACUCAUCCAUACUGGUCUCUUGCCUUUCUUUCCUGAUUUCUUACACCUGGUGAUUGAGAGCUCUUGCACUCUAUGGAAAGCAUUGUUAAAGAUCUGCCAGCUCUGUUCUGCUCCCUUGUCCCUGAGGGUAAUUUCUAGGGGGUCUUAUUGACUGACUCCCUGAACAACUGCCAGUUUGUUUUCCUAGAACUCAGGAUCCUGACUUUACUCUUUGCCUCACCCCUGUCCCUCAGGACUGCGAACUCCACCAGUGCAUGAUCACUGCAGCCCAGGCUGCCUCCAAUCUUGAUGUCACCAGUUAGCUCACUUGCGUUGGUGGCCAUCAGAUCCAGUAUCACAUCCACUUGGGUAGGGUUGUCUAUUAUCUGCCUUAAGAAGUUAUCCUCAGUGCAUUCCAGGAGUCUCCUGGAUUACUGUGGUGAGUUGACCGUGACGACACCAGGCACCCAUCAAAGCUGCUCUCUUGCUCCCUGUCCUCAGUUGGGCAGGGGAGAGAAAAUACAACAAAAGGCUCAUGGGUUGAGGUAAGGAUAGGGAGCUCCUUCAGCAAUUGCCAUCAUGGACAAAACAGACUUGACCUGGGGAAAUUAGUUUAAUUUAUUACCACUCACAUCAGAGUAGGAUAAUGAGAAAGAAAACCAAAUCUUAAAACACCUUCCCCCCACCCCUCCCUUCUUCCCAGGCUCAACUUCACCCCUGAUUUCUCUCCCUCCUCCCCUCUGUGGCACAGGGGGAUGGGGGUUCCUGUCAAUUCAUCAAGCGUUGUUUCUGCCACUGCUUCCUGCUCAGGGGAAGGACUCACACUCUUCCCUUGCUCCAGCGUGGGGUUCCUUCCACAGAAGACAGUCCUCCAUGAAUUUGACUUGCCUUCCACAGCCAAAGCCUCAUACUUGUUGUACAGAGGCAGCUGGGAAGGCGAGGUGGGUAAGGAGGGGGUUUGCCUGCCACUCCGAGCAUGGACUUGCCUCCAUUCAAGCCUUUCCUUUAAGCUACUGCCUUCAGCCUGGCAGGGCGAGGAUACAGGAUCCCCUUGAUCUUGUUUUUUUUUUUUUUUUUUUUUUUUUUCCUGGUAGCUGUUCCUGUUUUCUGUCUCAGGGAGGGCAGAGCAUGGUUUCACCAACUUACCUCUUUCUCAGACUCCCUGAUGGUCCUUAACCUUUCUACUUCCUCUUGUAGCUCUGCCCCCCGACUGAGCAGACCAUCUGUUUGGUUACACCUUACACAGCUGUUCUCGCUAGGGCAGUUGGUUACUAGUGAAAAGCUCUGUCAGGCUCUGCAGCCUGAGGCCUGGAUGGCUGCAUGUUUUCGUGGGAGCUCUCUCUGGGUUGCCACAUCCAUUCUGGCAAGUGCAGAGGACACAGCUCUCUGCCAGGUGUGAUGAUGACCACCCAUUGAACUCGUCUCUUGAGCACCCUACCACAUGAACUGCUGUGCAAACUGCCAUACUGCGUUCUGUUUGCCCACUCUUUCUGCAGCACUCCUGGUUGCUAGUGCUCCCUAGGCUGCUCUUUAUAGGUGUGGGGGUGGCCGCGGUCCUGCGUGCAAAGAUCUGCAGCUCUGCUGUGAACCGGACCAGCUCUGGAGCAGUUCCUCUCAGGGACUGAUGGUUUGGUCUUAAAGCCAGGCUUGAGAGUACUUCUGGGUUUUCUCUCAGGGCUGCUUCCUGACGGUAGCAGUUAUUCUGUAAUUGCCACACGCCGAUCUUUCCACACAUGGCAAACCCUGCUCUGGGCAGAGACUUGAAGAGGCUAAGCCCCAGCCCAACUUCUCAGUCCCAAGAAAGUCAGGAGGAAGCUGCAUUUGGGGGUCAGCAGGGCUCUGGCUGAGUGCCGGGAGGCCCGGUAGAAACCCUUGGGCACCUGAGGCUGCUCUGGGGAGCAGGGCACAGGGCUGCACCCGCUCUGGCAGCAGGCCUUACGUCGCAGGUGUGUGCUUGCAGGCCUCGGGCCUUUUUAAUGACAGCUUCUAUGUUUUUAAAGAAGAAACACCACCCCGAGCUGCGUGGGGUGGGCGCCUCUAAUAAAACGUCUUUAACGCGA